UGUUACUACGCUGAAUAAUUUUUCAGAUGUUUAAAACGUCUGUUUCUCAUUAUACCUACCUACGAAUUUUUUCCCCAUAAAAAACCGAACAGGUAAGUAUUACUUCUGAUGAGAAAGAAAAGGUAAGGUGCCUAUAGGCACUCGUAGCUAGAAUUUGUGGCGGAUAUAUAGACAUUGCGGGAGUCUGUUGAAACAGUCUAGACGAAUAUUCAGCACUUGGCAAUUUAUAGAGAUGAAAUACGAAUAUCUGUUCUUCAUUGGUACAUUGCUAUGGAUUAGCAGCAAUUCGCAAGUAGAAUGUUUAUGGGAAAAAAUAUUCGGUCAGUCAUUUACAGAGACGAUUUCCUCUUUCUUUUCAACAGCAUCAAACGCAGAAUUCCCUUCUCUAGUGCUAGCUGUUGAUAAAUCUAUGAAUUGUUUCAUAGCGAAUGUCCCCGUUGUUACUAAUCGAAUGGGCUCGAAUUUCAACAAGUUUUUAUUCGCUUGCCCAGCAGAAACAGAAGCAGAAAGAGCAAUAGAUUAUCGAGAUUCCCCAACAGAGAGAAGUUUAUUCAUUAAGAAAUCUUACGAAAAUCCAAUAAAUAAUAUAAAAGAUAAGAAGAAAGCUCAAGCUCUAGCUCAAGAUAUGAGUGAAUUUGAUAAAAAAGAUUCUCAGUUUAUAGAAUAUUUCUGCGAGAAUCCGAUUAUUCCUUCUAUAAAAUAUGUCUCUUCUGUGAUUGAAAAUGGGUUGGAGAUUGAAUAUCAUCUUGUUGGGUUCAAGGUAUAUGUGAAAGAUCAAAAAGAUUUGAAAGUCGAGGAGUACGGAAAAAAGUUUUUAAAAUUGAGCCAGGACUUCGCAUGGUUCAAUUUAUUAAUCAUUCGAUUUGACCGAAACGGAGGCAAUGUGUUGAGUGUAGCCAGUGAAAUGUACAAUGAUAGAAUGAAUAUUAGCCCGCCAAAAACUGACUCUUCUGCGGAUGACAAGAAUAUAGAAGACAGUUUAUGGGAGAAAUACUUUUAUAAGGAUAAAAAUUACGAAAUCACGUUCACUUACACUGUCGACAAUCAACGAGUAGUUUUAGAAUCAUUAUUCAAUCCAACGCCUAUAUUGAAUACAUAUUUGGAUCCAGCGGAAGAUAGAAAGUUGGUAAAAGUUCAUUUAGCUCCAGUCAACAGUUUUGUGAAUCCCUUGCUGAGACAAGCAUCCAGAACUUACGGAAAUAUUGCGCCAAUGUGGCAUGUUAUCAAAACAAAUGCCUGGUUUAAAGUGGAACAAUACGUACAGCAUUUAGUCCAAGCAGUCUACGGAAUAUACGUUAUAACAGGAACUUACGGAACCUAUACCAUGUUCUGUGGUCAAACAUGCCAAAGAGAAAUUUACCUCGAAGCAAACAAAAACGUAAGAGUGCCUUUAGCAUUCUGGAAAAUCGUAAUGUACACCAAAAAAGCCAAGCAGUUUUACAACAUAUUGAUCGUCACUGUCAAUAACCCAUACGAGUACGUACCGAAUGUCUUGUGUGAAACUAGUCAAUGUGAAGAACUCGGUUGGGGACAUGUCAAACAAAGUAAUUUUGCAAUGGGGCGUACUUCUUGCUGCAAACUCACUGAGGAUAUUUUACGAAAAUUACAAAUUAGCAAUAGUGUGAAAUUGGAACACGAUUUGGAUUUGAAAAGAUUACUUCACUGGGAGAAUGAAAAACUCACCUUGAACGUGGAGAAAUUUACUGAAGAUCAGGCAUCAAAAUCAAUUGAUCGUACAAUACGGGCCGAUAACCCCGAGUAUAGGAAUGAGAAAAUUUCACUCGACAGUGAACUUAGAAGUAAAAAUAAGGAUAAAAACGAUGAAAUAAGUUUCACUGGUGUAGUUUCGACAUUUUGGAAUAGUGUUUCGCCGAUGUUAUAUACGUACUUACCGAAUUUUUCGGGUAAUAAAAAUGGCGAUAUUGAAGUGGAAAAACCGAAAUAAGCCAAAUCCAAUGUUUAAAAACUGACCAAGUCUGUUUUUUUUUGAAUAAGUGUACAUUUUUC